ACUGUUGUUUUCUAGGAAACCUGCAAGAGCUCUGGGUAAAGCUGUUGUUUUGGCUGCCUCAUUUAAGUGGAGAGCUCCAGUCUUAUUUCUCAACACGCAGGAACAUUGCUUGACCUCGUCUCUCGCCUUUCUUCAAGGAAUCGUGCUUUGUGUUCCGAGUAUUUUUUGAAGCAGGAUUUAUUAUCUACUCCAACAGUUUCUUCCCUUUGACACAUGGUUGAAGCAAUCACUGUGCAAAACUGUACAAGACUUCCAAAGUUUAUUCUUAGAAGAUUGCAUCGCAACAAGCAGAGUUGAAACCACUUUUCAAACGAUCAUUAACAAGUCAGAAGCCACCGGAUCUUCUUUUUUUUUAGUUUGAUGGGCCGAGAUGCUCCAAAACAAAGAAACAGCAGCUGAAAACAUCGUUCCUGUUUGGAGAGUAGGAUCUUCUGUUUGCACCAAAGAAAUGUGAUCACUUCUUCUUCUGCUUCUUGCAUGCUGUUUCUAAACUUUCCUGAAGGUAUCCUUGAUUGCCUGCAGAAAUCUUGCCUCUUAAUUUCAGGAAAGAUUAAGAGAUGAAGUAUAUUCGUUGAUAGGUUUGAAACAGCCUCACCACUUUUUUUUAAAACAAGUUCUGGUGAAAGUUUCAUGUGGAUUUAUCUCCAGGACUUCAGCCUUCCUGGGUUAUGUUGUGGUUUCCUGAGCCAGUCAAGAGAACUUCCACUCCUAGACUUGAUGCACAGGCUGGGUGAUGACAGAUGACAUGUAGCCAGAAGGUUGAGGAGGUUACUCCAGGUCGUCUAAGAGCUAGGCUAUACUUCAGAACUUGGGCUUGGUCCCAACAACACAAACUUGGAAAACUGUCCUCCACGAAGAUAGAUCUUGGACCAUCGAUCAGCUGGGUUAACCGCUGUACUGGACGACCCUUGUGAACUUUCUCGGCAGAAAUGGUCAGCAUGGAGAGUGAGAUGGACUCGCUGUGUGACUGGGAGAUGGUUCAGCACCUUGAAGGUCUUCAGUAUUGUUGGACUCAGUGGGAAUGGGAGUUUGAGAGAGUUCCAGCAGUGUUAAGCCCUACGUAUAAGCAACGCAAUGAGGACUUCAGGAAACUCUUCAAGCAGCUACCCGACACUGAGCGCCUCAUCGUGGACUACUCAUGUGCCCUGCAGAGAGACAUCCUCCUACAGGGUCGCCUCUACCUCUCUGAAAACUGGAUUUGCUUCUACAGCAACAUUUUCCGCUGGGAAACACUGCUGAUGGUGCGUCUGAAGGACAUCUGUUCUAUGACUAAAGAGAAGACGGCGCGUCUCAUUCCCAAUGCCAUCCAGCUCUGUACUGACAAUGAGAAGCACUUUUUUACCUCAUUUGGUGCGCGGGACCGGACCUACAUGAUGAUGUUCCGUCUCUGGCAGAAUGCUCUCCUGGACAAGCCGUUGUGUCCCAAAGAGCUGUGGCACUUUGUCCAUCAGUGUUAUGGGAACGAGCUGGGCUUGACAAGUGAUGAUGAGGAUUACGUGCCGCCAGAUGAUGACUUUAACACCAUGGGCUGUUGCCCCCCUCCCUGGUGCAGGUACUGUGAGGAGAUCCCACCUGAGGAGAACGAGGCCCAGGACUUGUGCACCAAAACCCCGGAGGUCAGAAUGGACACAAGCCCACAGCUGCCCAAGAAAUCCUUCACCAGCAAUAACCUCCCUUCAACAGGCAGUGGCGACACACCUAGCCACUAUGACGUUCCACCAGAGGAAGAGUUUUCUGGUUGUCUUCCUGAGGGUCUCCUAAGUCUGCCUUUACCAGAUAACAAGCUGUCCAAGUCCAGUGGUCUUGCACCCUCACCGUCGCUUGACUUCAAUGACAACGAGGAUCUUCCAACUGAGCUCAGUGACUCCUCGGAAACUCACGAUGAUGGAGAAGUCCAGGCCUUCCACGAUGAUCUAAAUGGAAAGCAGUACAUCAACGAGGUGUACAAGUUCAACGUGGACAAGCUGUACGAUCUCCUCUUCACCGAGUCACAGUUCAUGAGGGACUUCCUGGAGCUACGCCGCUUCUCUGAUGUGGUGUAUCAUCCAUGGAAGAAGGAAGCGAUGGGAGACCAGAGCAGAGAGAUCAUGUACACCGUCACCAUCACCAACCCCCUGGCUCCAAAAACCGCAACGGUCACGGAGACUCAGACUCUGUACAAAGCCAGCCAGGAGAGCGAGUGUUACAUCAUUGACGCCGAAGUCAUCACUCACGAUGUCCCUUAUCACGACUAUUUCUACACGCUCAACCGCUACAUGCUGACCAGAGUGGCGAAGAACAAGUGCAGACUGAGAGUUUCCACCGAGCUGCGCUACAGAAAACAGCCUUGGGGUCUCGUCAAGGGCUUUAUAGAGAGAAACUUCUGGAAUGGCCUCGAUGAAUAUUUUAGACAUUUAGAACUGGAGCUGAGUAAAGUGGAGGUCGUGCUAAAUGAACCCCACAGACCUUCUCCCAAAGCCAAAGCGACGCGCUCGUCCACAGUGAGGAGACACCGGAAACGGGCGGUGGCUCACCUGCGGCCGCAGCACCUGAACGAGGAGCUGAGCGCCAUCACCACGGCCGAGGACGACGAGGUCAUCCAGCGCAUUAAACACGUCCCAGGAUCCACGCAGACGCGGCACUUCCCCGACCCGACCGCCGGAGGUCUGGCGCUGUACAGCGUCUCCAAACUCCUGCUCAUCAUCAGCUUCAUCCUGGUGCUGCUGGUUUUCCUCAACAUGAUGCUGUUCUAUAAGCUGUGGACGCUGGAACAGACCACGCAGAGCUUAGCGUCGCUGCAGGGCCUCCGAGCUCGCGACAGUAAACUUCCCCAAACGCAGAUGGAGUGGACUCAGAUUCUCGAGUCGCAGCAGCGUUACCAUGACGACGAGCUGGAGAAGUGGCAGGAGAUAAUCAAGUCGUCUGUGGUUUUGUUAGACGAGAUGAGAAGAUCUUUGCUGAACCUGCAGAAGGGAGUCGGCAUGAGAGACGACGGCUCGGUGGCCGAGGACAAACGGGAUCGAUACCACUGAGGGACGAAGACCUCGGGCCGAACAGACACACGGUGCAAUAAGAAGAGCGUGAAGGAAGCUCAGAAGCCACCUCGCUCCUCUCCGCUCCAGCGCAGCUCACUGAGUAUCGAUUCGCAAAAACGAACCACUUAACCCCACUCGAGCAUCCUGAUCUCCUCCAGGGCCAAAAAUUGACUCCUGAGUCAUUCGUUCUUUCAUUCAAGGACUCGUUUGAGUGUUAAACGCACACGCAGCCACAUUUCAGCUGCACCUCCUCCUCCUCCUCCUCCUCCACCACCAACCCUCUGGUUUUUUGUUUUGUUUUUUGUUGUUUUUAAAUAAAAACCAUUUAGGAGUCCGGGACCAGGUUAACCUUUGACCUAUAAUCUCUAAGUGUUACUUGUGGAUGAUAAGCGAAUGUGGAGAGCAGAUUACAUACACACAGAUUUCUAAUUCUUCAGUCGAGCUGUAUUUGUUGCUCCGUUUUUACUGAGGCUUCCAUGGAAGAAUCGGGGCUGGACCCCAGAGAGCUCGUGCCAUGGUGCUAAUUAUGCAUAAACGUCCACGUUACAGUUUGGGAUUUAUUUCUGUUCUGUCUGUGUGUAAUGAAUAAGAGUAGCUUGUUUCUCUUUGUGGAACAAUUUGUUGCCUGUGAAAGUGAAAGGCCAAUCGUGUCAUCGUUAGCGGAAAACCGAGAGCGCGAUCCUCUUCCUCAGAGACGCCGCACUGCGUUUCAUUUUGCACAAACCAAACCCGCGUCUGUUUGUCGUCUGUUGCUAUUGUUGUUUUUUUUUCCCCUCCGUUCACAAAUCUGAGUUGCCAACUUGUGUUUAUUCUCAAAUGAAUAUCUGUUCAUUCCAUUUUGUGUGUAAAAGGAUCGUCUGCAUCGUCAGUCAAUUGUGAAAAUCUUGCUUUAAGAUGUUUGUGUGAAUCAGACAUGUGCUGAUGUUCCUUGCUGUUUAUCAUCACUUAGGAAAAAUCUCACGAUAUUUUACUGAACAGGAACACAAAGGCUGAACCCGAGCUCUCCCACAAUUCACCUGUGCCUGGAGGCAGAGCCUUGAUAUCUCAAAGUAUCAGUUUAAAAAAAAUGGUUUUAACCUCCAAACAAAGGAUUCAAAGGUAGAGAAUUAAAUGUCGCCAUGUUGCUAGGUUACCAGCGUACACGUAACUACGGUAUAACGAACCCUAAACUCCGAACCUAAUCACCGAACGUGGAAUAAAGUAUUGUUGGGGAAAUUAAAGUAGUCCGAUACAGGAUAAAUAUUUUUCUAAAUAACGUCUCAAUUCAAAAGUGAUUCUUGUAUCUGAUUGGUCAGAAGGUGUUGAUUGAUUGAUUGAUUGAUUGAUUGAUUAUUUUCUGGAACAGCAGCUCGGACGGUCGCACAGCCGCACAUCACGUUUAUAUACGUUAACGUGCUCACGCUAAUGCGGUCUCGUUUCUAUAGUAACGGCUCAUUCAGGGACGAUCAACAUAAACAGACAAAACAACUUUUCUGAAAGGAGUCUCCAGUGUCAGCAAGUUCAGGAGAGACGAGUUUACACUUUGCAGUAACGCGACAAGCUGCGGGGUUUUUUUGUUUUAAUUCAAAACAUAGAAGCUGCUAUAACAUAAGUGAGAACAGAACGUUGUUACGUGGACGUUACGACAGAUUUUCACAGAUUAUCGGCACAUGCCUGAUGCACAUAGGUGACAGUGUUUUCUUUCCUGCGUUUAUUUAUUUGUUUGCAUUUUAUUUUUAUGCUGCUUGAGUGAGUCGUGGAAGUAGGAGGAGUAAACUGUGAAGAAAAAAAAACCCUCAGUGUAUGAGGUAAAGUCAGAGACUGUGGAGACGGGCGUGUGUUGAUUUUCAGUAUUAUUUCCAGGAAGUCUCGGCCAAGCAGCGCGUUAAAGCUCCAUCUGGCAUUUUAAUGCAUUCAUUCCUUUUCUCCAAAACCCUCCAGUUGAGCAGCGUCAUGUUAAAGGCGUCACUUUCAACUUUCUGGAAGUGCAGGGACUUGAACCAAUAACCUUCUGAUGACUGAACUUUAUCUACUGAGCCGUUUAGACAAGCUGUGAAGAUAUCUACAGAGCUACAGAUCCACACCAACACGGACAAAUCUCAUGUCUAAUGUGCAGCUUGUUGGAUUCUUCAGUUCCUUUUGGGUUUUUUUUUUGUUCAUUUGUUUGUUUGUUUUUAAGAUAAUGAAGAGUCAGCUCAGAACUCCAUUGAUGCUCCUGUGAUGUCGUCUGGUGUUGCAUGUUUAUCAUGGUGCAUUAAAUUUUAUCAUCCAGUUUUACCCUGAAGUAGUUUAUAUUUUGGUGACAUGCUGCUCUUUACCCCCUCAGUCAGUCCCAUGUUAUUGUCCUGAACCGCUCGCUGAUUGGAGAAACUCAAUCAGGAUCCAAACGCAGUGCAUCAGGUCUUUGAAUCGUCAUGGCCGUGACUGUUAUGGUCCAGUUAUUGCAAGAGAUUUGCAAUUUAAUAUCUUCUGCAAAUCUGAAAAAAAGGGAAUUAGUUAGUUUAUCAGACGGAGAGCUGCUCAUGAAAUGCCAAAUAUCAUCAUCAUCAUCAUCACCCUCCUCCUCUCGCACAUGGGUUUGAGGUUCGACGCUAAACCAGAAUCCAGAAAAUCCUGUCUGUUUGUUUGUUUGUUUUGCUCCUUCGUCCCUUCAUCCCAGCCUCAGAAAGUAUUAAGAAGUCACUCCAAGACGAGUUUUAUGGCAUUGUAUUGCAAACCACAGAUGUAUGUGCAUAAAAUCUUUAAUGUAUUAUUAUUAUUAUUAUUAUUAUUAUUGACAUGUAUUGAGCUGAAAUAUUUAUACUAAUACUAUAAUGGAUGUACAUGUUGUAUAUGUCGAGUUGCUGUGUCUUUGGGAGAGGGCUUCAGCGUGUCGCAGGCCGAAAGCUGACAGUCCAGAAAAGAUGCUUUCAGAAUAAAAUCGAAAAGAUUUCCGUCAUCAACAAACAGGCAGAAUGAAUAAAGGUCUUUAAGAGCUGGUACUUUGUCAUCACCAAGUCAUUUUUAUGCACGUUUGCUUUAUUUAUUUGUUAUUUUAUUUUUUUAAAAUCUGUUUUCAAAAUGUUUCCUAAAAAUAUAAAACUCUGUUGUCAUGGCAACAUCACAGCAAAUCUGAAUCAAUCAACAGUAAACACUGUCACUGUUUUAAACAAUAUUUUGUGUUGUUUUUUUUUUUAAACUGGU